AUCAUGGAGGACAAUGCGGUUGGCUCUUCGCGGGCAUCUGUACUCUCUGCAGAUAUCGUGCAGGGAAAUACUUCUACAAGCGAGGAGGGAACCGCGCAGGAAGAGACAUACAUCACGCCACGCCCGCCAUCGAGCACGCCGAUCCAUCUGAAAGUGGACACCAAGGGCAAAGCAAAGGCGACUGACUCCGAUAGCUCGAGCUCGGAUUCGGAUUCGGAAGACUCACCGGACAGAUUGUCUAAUGCGUCUUUCGAGAGCACGCCAGAUUGGAUGCGCCCGAUACGUGGCGCGUCCGUGGACCCCAGCUCGUCGGUCAGUCCUCCGCAUCCCAAUCAAAUGCAGGACUAUCGGCAGAGGACCGGGAGCCCAGAGUCCUGUCUCUCGCCAGGUGGGGACAGAAGGAUAGGCGAGAAGAACAAGCGCGCGCCUGGGGAUACGGGCGAAUGGCUCCCAGGCCAGCCACCACCUGACACGUGGCCGGACUCACCCACCGCGAAGAGGAUGCUCAUACCCUCGACCUCUCCGCGUGCGCCUCGCGGGACAUUCCCUGUUGGCUCGCCCCCUCGUCGAGAAGACUUUGCAUCAGCGACGUUCAGCAACUUCGUGCCGGACGACGAGCCGAGGUUUGAGUGGCGCGGGACGCAGCCCACUUCACCAGUGACAUCGGCUCGAAUCCGGAGGCCCACGUCGGCGAACUUCACCCCCUCGGUGCUGAGCAGCGCGGAAUUAGAGUCUGAUGACGGGAGCACGGACUUCGAUGGCGAGGCGCAGUCGGCGCCUACCUCUUCGAACAUGCAGGACCCGGAGAUGGACGCGCUUGUGGCGGAGAUCUCGAAGGUCCUGAGCUUCGACAAUAAUGGCGAAGCUCUUCCUCAACCCAUACCGGUGCAUACGAGCGAUGCGUAUACCGAUACCGGUCUCGAGAGUGGGUUCGACGGAUGGCAUCUGAGCAGCAGCCCAGGUGUCGCUACGGAGGUAGCGCUGAUGCAGGUCCCCAUGAUUGACUACGAGCACGACGGUCCACUCGACGGCGAGACCUUGGAUGACUACCUCAGCCGCACGCUGAACCCAGACUACGUUCAACCGGCCUACGCCUCUCAGGCGGCCUUCCAGAACUUCCACUUCGACCCAGUAGGGGAAACCACGGACCCUUACUCGCACCUCCCGCACUAUGCGCCGCCGCUGGAAAAUGAAGAGAACCCGUUCUCGGUGGAGGAGGAUGAUUACCUCGUCCCUAGGGGCCCGGUGGUUCGCGUCGAAGCCAGAGUGCCCUCGACUGCCACCUCGGAUUUCUCGAUGCCCUUCCAGAUGUCCUCGGCGCGGAGCGCAGCGCAAGCCGCGGACCUCAUCGCCGAGAUGCAGGCGAGCGGCAUGCUCGCGCAGGAUACAGACGCCAUUGCCAUCGACGGCGAGCUUACGCCCGACGACCUGCUCCUGCUCGACAACUUCGGCAACCUCGACUUGACGUCCGACGAGCAGAUGGCGUGGGGCGCCCCUGGCAUUGAUCUCAGCACCGGCAUUGACCUUAGCGGCGGCGUCGACCUCAGCGAUGCCAUUGACCUCGGCGGCGACUUCGAUCUUGGAGGUCCACUCACUGAAGCGGACGAUCCUUUCCUCGCCGAGACCGCGAACGACUUCCUCUUCGACUUCCCUACCGCCGACAACGCGCCUUUCACCCCUACUAUGUGGCCGCCAGCUGAUUCAUUCGACGAACAACCUUCGGGAGCUGGCGUACUUGACGCGUUCGAUGCGUCCUUCUUCGGGACGAACCCCCAGGCAUUCGACUGGGGCAAUCCUGACGAGGUCGACCACGACCCCGUUCACCGCGCCGGAGACAGCGUCAGGCGGGAGAGCUGAGCUCCUCUAUACCCCAAGACCCCUUCCAAUUAUGCACUCGAAUUGCUGCCCUGCACCCUCGCUUUCGAGCGCGGCUCAGCACCAAUUUUUCGGACGAACAAACUACGGAUAGCAUAACACGCAAGACGAUAU